AUGAAAAUAAGAAAACAUUACGAUUUUGAUUUACAAGGAUCGUGAGAGUAAAAUUUCGGAAAUAUAUAUAUAUAUAUUAAUUGAUUAGGGGAUAAAAUUUGGGAAAUAUAUUUAUGAAUUGAUUAUAUACUUUAACAUAAGAUUCAAAAUAUUGUCACCUUUUCUUACAACCAUUUAAAAAAGUUCUUAUUAUUUAUAUAAAGAAAUUUUUUUUAUAAAUAACAAUUAUUUACAAAUAAAUUAAUUUUACAAUUCUGUUAAUCUGUUUAGCUCUUCGAAAGAACUUAAGGUUCCGACAUUACCAGAGACAAAUUGGGGAUCGAAGAAAAGUGGCAAAGAAUCUGCAGAAAUACGACCUUUCAAAAUUGAUGUACCAGCUAAGGUUCUGGAUGAUUUAAAAUAUCGCCUGGCACAUAGAAGAACAUAUGUUGCACCAUUGGAAGAUGUGGCAUGGACUUAUGGUAUCUCAACUAAGUACCUCAAUACGGUACUUGAUUAUUGGAAAGAUAAAUACAAUUGGUCUGAGAGACAAACUCUGCUAAACAAGUAUCCUCAGUUCAUCACAAAUAUCCAAGGUUUGGAUAUACACUUCUAUCAUGUCAAGCCAACAAAUUUGCCAAAGGAUAAGAACUUAAAAGUUCUGCCUUUGUUAUUAUUACACGGAUGGCCAGGAUCUGUUGUAGAAUUCCAAAAAAUUAUACCUAUACUAACGAAACCUUGGCCUAAUCAAAACUUCGUGUUCGAAAUUAUUGCACCGUCACUUCCGGGAUAUGGAUUCUCGGAAGGAGCAGUACGACCAGGCAUGGCUACAUCUCAAAUUGCUGUAAUAUUCAAGAAUUUAAUGCAUAGACUUGGCUUUGAGAAGUUUUAUAUUCAAGGAGGUGAUUGGGGAGCUGUUAUUACUGCUAAUAUGGCUGCUUUGUUCCCAGAGCAGGUAAUUGGUUUACACUCAAACAUGUGUGGUAGUAUGACAGGAUCUACUUUCUUGUGGUCAUUUAUUGGUACCUAUUUUCCAUCUUUGGUAGGAGUAAACGAACACUAUUCACGAUAUUUCCCUUUGAGUAGAGUUUUGUUCAACAUAAUUGAAGAAAGUGGCUACUUCCACAUACAGGCUACAAAGCCAGACACUAUAGGCACUGCAGUAACUGCUUCACCCGAUGCACUAGCGGCAUAUAUUUUGGAAAAAUUCAGUACAUGGACAAAUACAGCAUAUAAAGAACGAGAUGAUGGUGGUUUAACAGAAAAAUUUACACUCGACGAACUGUUAGACAAUGUUAUGAUAUAUUGGAUUAGUAACAGUAUUACUACAAGCGUCAGACUUUAUGCUGAGAACUUUUGUUCAUCAUAUAGAACUUUAAAAAUUGAAGAAUUGCCUAUAAAGGUGCCUACAGGUUGUGCAGUUUUUCCCAAUGAACUAAUAUCUCAACCUGAGAGUAUGCUUAAGUCCAGAUAUACUAAGUUAAUUCAGUACAGUUUAAUGCCACGUGGUGGACACUUUGCAGCUUUUGAAGAACCUAAACUCUUAGCUGAUGAUAUCUUCAAUUUUGUUAAAAAAACUGAAGAACUUAAUACAGCAAAAGCUGCAUAG